UCGAUAUUUCGGAUGGAUCAGUUUCUCACCAACUUUACAUAUAUUCAAGAAUAUUCCAAUUACAGUAAAAAUGUGGCUAAUUUCGGUAGCCCUCUUCAUCGCCACUGUUUGGCUGCUCCUCCAUUUCGCCAAGAUUUAUAGCGGGCGUAAAUUAAACUACUGGAAAAAGCAGGGAUUUCCCAUCCUGGAAGAAACUAUUUCAGGUUGGGAUGUUUUUACUGGAAAAGGAAAUGUGAGUGAUUCAGAUCUCGAGUACUACAAGGAGUUGGAACGUCGCAAAGAAUCGUACGGGGUCGUCAUGGAGUUGGGAAGUCCGAUCAUUAUUUUGAGGGAUUUGGAUAUUGCGAGAGAUAUUUUUAUUAAAGAUUUCGAUAACUUUACGGACCGCAGAGCAUUUGCAGAUGAUAAAUUGUUUAAAAACGGUUUAUUUGGGCUGGAUGGACAACCUUGGAAGAAUAUGAGAACCUUCCUCAGUCCGACAUUUACAUCGGGACGGAUUCGCCAAAUGUUUUCACAUUUUGAAAAGAGUGCAAAUAAUUUGACUGGUUUCAUCAAAACCAAGAAAAUCAGUGCGACUGCACCCCCUCACUUUGACCUCCCACUGGUCGACGCCAUGCGAAAAUAUUCCAUGCAAGUCAUCACAUCCGCCGCGUUCGGCCUGAAUGUCAACUCUUUCCAUGAAAACGACAAAAUUGUACCGAUGGCAGAACGAAUUUUUAUUAUUUCUGUCAGCGCAAAAAUUAAAAUAGCGAUUUGCCAAAAACUGCCGAAAUUGGCAAAGUUAUUAAAUCUGAAAGUAUUUGAUCCUGAACCGACCAACUUUUUCUGGGGCUUGAUUUCAUCCUCGCUGAAAACAAGGCAAGAGAGUGGCGUCAAAGGGAACGAUUUUGUCCAGAUUUUGGUCGAUGCUAUGAAUGAUAAAUCCGGAGAUAAAAAGAGCAAUAUUAAAUGGAGUGACGACGUCGCAAUUCCGCAAGCUUUCGCCUUCAUUGCGGCAGGUUUUGACACAAUCGCGAACAAUUUAUCGGUCGCUUGUUACGUUCUCGCGACCCAUGCGGACAUCCAAGAAGAGCUUUACCGUGAGGUGGAAAAAGCUAUGCCAAAUUGUGACGACAGUAUUUCCUAUGAAGGAAUCAAUGAGCUGGAAUAUCUCGACAUGUUUCUCUCAGAGGUGCUUCGACGUCAUCCCGCCGUAGCCAGGCUGGACAGAAUAUGCACUAAAGACUACAUGCUUCCAGGAAAUGGAGGAAAACCCAGAAUAAUUCCGAAAGGCACGGUCGUCGCCCUCCCAACCGACGCGUUUCACAAAGACGAACAGUAUUUCCCAAAUCCGUACAAAUUUGAUCCGACCCGAUUCAACAAAGAGAAUAAGGCGAAAAGGAAUACCUACGCGUACAUGCCGUUUGGAAUCGGACCAAGAAGUUGUAUCGGGAUGCGAUUUGCCCUUGUGGAGACAAAAGUAGCUUUAGCAUAUAUCGUGAGAAAUUUCGUAAUUCGACCAGCCCAAGGAACGCCAGUACCGGAGAAGAUGGAAAAAGAUAUUGUGGGGUACAAGGUUUCGUCCGAUGUCAAGCUUAAAUUUAUUCCGAGAGAGUAAUUACUUUAUUAGGGACAACUUUUUAAUUAAAAUUUCGAAACUCGUUAAAAGUAUAUGUAUUUAUGUAUGUACAUAUGUGUGUACUUAAAUAAAUAUGUACCAGAAUUAAACUUUAUUUUGUAAAUAUGAGCUUUCAUAACGAAUAUAUCUAUAUGUGCAUAUGUAUAUAGCUACACACAUGCGUAUACAUAUGUAUGUAUGUAUUAUGCAAUUGAAUCGACGAAGUUUCCCCUAUUUGUGUAUUUAUAAAGUUGCACAAGAAUUAAUUAAAAUCCGCACAUACACGUAAAAAAAUUAGUUAUCCAGCAUUAUAAAAUUUCAGAAGGUAUGUAUCUACAAGGUGUGUAUUUAUUCCAACAUUUCGGAUUAUAUAUUAUCUCGCUGCAGGCAUACAUGCAUAUGUAUGUGUAUGUACAUACACAUUUAAUAUGUAGUGUCAUUGGUAUAGUAUUGUUCCCUAAAUUCAGAUAACAUUAAAUUAAAACCAAUAAAGUUUAGUAACAUCAUGCACUCUACACUUGCAUAUGCAUUAGAUGAAGAGUUUUACCGAUAUAUGUAAUAAACAAUUUACUGUUGUA